UACUUGGAAUUGUUUUAUUUUGUUCUGCUUAAUUUUAAUCCUGCUUUUUCUGAUUGUUUUAACAGUUUUUGAAUGAUCUGUCUUGUUUUGCCAUUCAUUUUAUGUUACUCCUUGCCGCCUUCUCUUGCCAGGACCCCAAGAUGUAUAGUGCACGAGUUCUGUCCUGGAUAAAUAAAUGCAUUUGAGUUAAUACUGUAUGAUAAGAUAAUUCACAGGAAAUACUGAAAAGGUGGUACAGUUCUUUUAAUUUUUGUUUGGUGCACAGCAGUUUUAAGCCUUUCUGUUUUUUCUACUGUGAGCUGAAUAAAACACAGCUGUUUUCUGUGUCUUAAUAUAUUUUUGGGCCAUGUUGAAAUUUUUUUUUCCUGAAGAUUUCUAACUGAUUUAUAUCUCUGUAUAGAAACUCAUUGUCUUGUGCUGAUAACGGUUUUGGAAAGUUCAUGCUAAGCUAAUGAGUGGUUUUGUAAUUAUAAAGUGUCCCUUGGCGUAUUGAAGAUUCGAAAGUGUUCUGCACAGCAAAGUGCUGGUUGAAGAACCUAUUUCUUGUACCUUCAGACUGUAAACCCUGAAGACUGGACCUCAUUAGAAAACUCCAGUUGUCUCUAUUUUUAAAGCACACUUAAUGAAGACGCCUAACGCGCAACCAGAAAAUGUGCUUGGGCUGGUCUGAUUUCUAUUAAUGCUUUCUUUGAAGAGGAUCUCCAUAAACCUCUUCUUGAAUGAAGAAAAGUAUGUUUUUAUAGGUGGUAUAAAUACAUACACUCCCUGUCAUUUCAUUUUUGUCUUUCAACAAAGCAGUCCGUUAUGAAAUAAUUUGACCUUGUUAUGCAUCAUAAAAGUACCCCAUCAGCACCUUCCCAUGUAUCGUGAUGCAUGUGGUAUAGCGACGUGUCGUAUUGUGACAUGAGUGUAUGGUUGCUAUGAUUUAACCUCUUUGCUGCGGGAAGAAAAUUCAAUUUUUGGACAAAAUACAUUGUUUGAGUGCAAAUAAUUACAAUUCCAGUAGGAGCUGCCCGGAUUCGGAAGUGUGUGCUCAUACUUCCAGUAUGUAACAUACAGCACAUUCCCUUCCUAAAAAUCCAGAGCAAGCCUGUACAACUGUAUAUCUCUGGAAGCAUGGUCACACGGAGAGACCAGCCUGGGUCUUGUGUUGCUAUGCUCGCCUCCCAACAGGGAAAGGUUAAGGAAAAAUAAAAGACCUUCGUCACUGCGGAGGAGUACCACAGGGAGUCGAUGCUGGUGGAGUGGGAGCAGGUGAAGCAGAGGAUACUGCACACGCUGCUGGCUUCAGGAGAGGACGCACUGGACUUCACCCAGGAAGCCGAGCCUAGUUUCCUCAGCGACACGGGUCCUUCAGGACGCAGUGCUCUGGAUAGCGUGGAAGUGGCUUACGGACGGCAGAUUUAUGUGUUCAACGAGAAAAUAGUAAACGGACACCUGCAGCCCAGCCUGGGGGACCUGUGUGCUUCUGUAGCAGAACGUCUGGAUGACAAGAAUGUCUCUGAGAUGUGGGCCAUGGUGAAGCAGAUGACGGAUGUUCUGCUGGUUCCUGCUCGGGACACGCUGAACAGCCGCACCAGCGUGGAGAUGCAGAUGGCGUUUGUGAGUCGGGCCCUGCAGUUUCUUGAGCAAAGUUAUAAAAACUACACCAUGGUGACAGUCUUCGGUAACCUGCACCAAGCUCAGCUGGGAGGAGUGCCCGGGACCUAUCAGCUUGUUCGCAGUUUUCUUAAUAUAAAGCUGCCUGGCCCCCUUCCAGGGCUCCAGGACGGGGAGGUGGAAGGGCAUCCCGUGUGGGCUCUGAUCUACUAUUGCAUGCGCUGCGGGGACCUGGUGGCAGCCAUGCAGGUGGUGAACCGAGCGCAGCACCAGCUGGGAGAGUUCAAGAACUGGUUUCAGGAGUACAUGAGCAGCACUGACAGACGAUUGGCUCCCACAGCAGAAAACAAGCUUCGACUGCAUUACAGACGAGCCCUGAGAAACAACACAGACCCCUAUAAGAGAGCCGUGUACUGCCUGAUCGGGAAGUGCGACAUCACCGACAACCACGGCGAGGUGGCGGACAAGACCGAGGAUUACCUUUGGCUCAAGCUGAACCAGGUUUGCUUCGAGGAAGACUCCACCAACUCUCCACAGGACAGGCUGACCCUGCCACAGCUCCAGAAACAGCUGCUUGAAGAUUACGGAGAGUCGCACUUCGCUGCCGGUCAGCAGCCCUACCUGUAUUUCCAGGUGCUGUUCCUGACGGCUCAGUUUGAGGCGGCCGUCGCCUUCCUGUUCCGUAUUGAGCGGCUGCGCAGCCACGCCGUGCACGUGGCCCUGGUGCUCUACGAGCUCAGACUCCUCCUGAUGUCGUCUGGUCACAGCGCACGGCUCUUGAGCCAGGAGCAUGGGGAUCCCCCAAUGAUAAGAAGAUUGAAUUUCAUCCGUCUGUUGAUGCUGUACACAAGAAAGUUUGAGUCGACCGACCCGAGAGAAGCGCUUCAGUACUUUUAUUUUCUCAGAAACGAGAAAGACAGCCAAGGAGAAAACAUGUUCAUGCGAUGUGUUAGUGAGCUUGUCAUUGAAAGCAGAGAGUUUGACAUGCUCCUUGGGAGACUUGAAAAAGAUGGCAGCAGAAAGCCAGGAGUAAUUGAUAAGUUUGCUGGAGACACGAGGGCCAUCAUUGGCAAAGUUGCAACGGAGGCAGAGCACAAAGGAUUAUUUGAAGAAGCUGUUAAACUAUAUGAACUUGCAAAGAAUCCAGACAAGGUAAUGGGGCUGAUGAACAAGCUGCUCAGUCCUGUGGUCUCACAGGCCAGUGCCCCUCAGUCUAACAGAGAGAGGUUGAAGAACAUGGCCCUCGCCAUUGCAGAGCGGUAUAGAUCUCAGGGCAUUUCUGCAGAAAAGUCAGUUGACAGCACUUUCUAUCUUCUGCUGGACCUUAUAACCUUUUUUGACGAGUAUCACGCUGCUCAUGUUGACCGCGCGUAUGAUGUAAUGGAGCGUCUCAAAUUGGUUCCACUCAGCCAAGACAGUGUGGAGGAGAGGGUCGCUGCCUUCAUAAACUUCAGUGAUGAAGUCAGACAUAACUUAUCCGAAGUGCUCCUGGCCACCAUGAAUAUUCUGUUCACUCAGUACAAGAGGUUAAAGGGCACGACCCCAGCAUCCCCCGCAAGGCCCCAAAGAGCGCUGGAGGACCGGGACUCUCAACUUCGAACCCAAGCCCGUGCUCUGAUCACAUUCGCGGGUAUGAUUCCGUACCGCAUGGCGGGAGACACCAACGCUCGACUGGUGCAGAUGGAGGUGCUCAUGAACUAGCCUGGGCUUCAGCCCUGAGCUCACAAAUAAGUCCCUUCGAUCAAGUUUCAUGUAUUUUAUACUGUUGAAAUAAAAAUCCAUUUAGUGUU